AUGCGCCAGCUCAAGUUUCAUGAGCAAAAGUUGCUGAAAAAGCACGACUUUCUUCAGUGGAAAAAUGAGAACAAUUUACGGGAAAUCAAGAUUAUGCGGCGGUACCAUAUCCAGGAUCGCGACGACUAUCACAAAUACAACGUACUUGUCGGCAAGGCACGGCAGCUAGCACUGCGCCUGUCAACGUUGCCGGCGGCCGAUCCAUUUCGUGCGCAACAGGAGUCCAUGAUGCUGAACAAACUGUAUGAUAUGGGAUUGCUCGACACGGGAUCCAAAAUGAGUGAUAUCAUGGAGAAGCUCAACGUGAGUGCGUUUUGUCGGCGGCGCCUGCCGGUGGUCAUGGUGCGCCUGCACAUGAGCGAGAGCGUAUCGCAAGCGGUCAAAUACGUGGAGCAGGGCCAUGUACGUGUGGGUCCCGACACGAUCACAGACCCCGCGUUCCUCGUGACUCGUAACUUGGAGGACUUUGUCACCUGGGUUGAUACCUCCAAGAUUCGGCGUGCGAUUGCUAACUACAAUGACGAGCUGGAUGACUUCGAUUUGCUAUAG